GAUCGCUUAAAACUAUGGGUCUCGCUUCCGCACGAAAUGCAGCUCAUCACUGGCCCUGUGGUUCCUCCCACCCACUCUCCACGUACCGAACUCGAUGCCAGUGUGACUUCCGUCUACCCCAUGACCAGGGCUCAAGAGGGGAUCUGGAUGGCUUACUCUGCUCAGCCACAGCACACCCUGUACAAUUUGACAAUGAAAUUCACAUUGGCAUCCUCGGACACCUACUCGAUGGAGAAAGUUCUAGCGGGCAUCCAGACCCUCACCGCGCGUCACGGAAUACUGCGGUCCACCUUCCACGGCAACAAGUCGGUGCUGUCCCGCCCAUUCGUCGCGGAGUGGGACGCCCAGUCCGCGCUGCCGUCGGUCCGAAUCGUCGCGGGGCCGAAGACGGCCAUCGCCAAAAUGCAUUUGCAAAAGCUGCUCCACCAGGCUGUGCCGCUGUCGGAAGAGUUUGCUGUGCGCUGGCUCGUCGUCGAGCUCCAAGGCGCCAUCGAGGUAUAUGUGAUUGCGCAUCACAUUGCCCUGGACGGAACGAGCAUGAGCGAGCUCAGUGGUGAGCUCCUGUGUCUGCUCGACGGGAAGGCGGAGGAGAGCAAGCCGAUCGGCGAGGUUUUCCAAAAGGCUCAUAUGAUGGAGUCUGUGUUCCGAGGAUCCGGUGCGUUCCAGCUGGCCAAGGAGUUCUGGCUCUCGCAAAGCCGGAAUACCUCGUCGAUCCAGUGGAAAGGCGUGCCCAAGGUGCCCGAGUCCCAGAACUACCGUGAGAUUGCGAGAUGGUCCGAGUUCAGCAAAGACCAACUGGCGCAAUGGAGCGCGCGGCAUCGCACGUCGUGGUUCAGGGUCGCGCUGGCCGUGGUCGCACUCCUCACCGAAUCGCACUCCAUCGCAGGCUCGUCCCGCGAUCAGACGCUGACGGUGGCGUUCGGCGGCCGUCCCAAGGGCCUUGAUCGAACCGUGGGACAUUUCGCCAACGCACUCCCCAUCCGGGUCCCGGUGUCUCAGCUGAUCCGAUCAUCGUCCACCAUCACCUUCGACGCGCUGCUCCGCCUGCUCUCGUCCACCGUGUCGACUGCGAAGAAACAUGAGCGGUUCUCGUUCACGGAUCUGUCGCAGGCGUGCCUCGAGGAGGGCUGCAUGCCGCCGCGGGCGCAGGUUGCGGUGACGCUGUCUCCGAAGCUAGAGCGCGAGGAGUGUGAGCUGUACCCCGUCGAGGGCCCAUAUGAUCUCUUCUUCUGCUUUUUGGAGGCCGCUGACAGCGUCUCUCUCGGAGUGAGCCCAUCUGCUGGUCAUGCAACCGUGAAGCUCACAAGCAUGUCCCAGGUUAUCUACGACCCGACGCUGUUCGACCAGAAAUCGAUUGGGGCGCUCAAAGUCGACUUUGAACGGAUCGUGGCCCAAGCCAUGGCAGAGACGCCCUUCGAUCUCCAACCGCUUCUGGGGAACCGCAUCCCAUAUCUGCUGCCGCCUAUCGACACGACCGACGCGGGCCAGGUCAGCAAGCGCCGUUUCCAUGUCAUGUUCGAGCACCAGGCCGAUCGCAAUCCCGCCGCGCUUGCCAUGAGUUGUGCGGAGCGAGACGAGUCCAUGACGUAUGGAGAGAUGAAUGAGCGCGCGAAUCAGAUGGCGAACGCCCUGCGCCAAUUGGGAAUGGGCCGCACCCAUGUCGUGCUGUUGCACUUGAAGCGGGGCUUCUCUACGUUGUGCUGGAUCCUGGCCGUGCUCAAGGCCGGUGCGACGUACGCUAUAGCCGAUCAAGGCCACCCGCUUGAGCGGACGCGCAGUGCGAUGGCGGUCGCCGAGCCCGACCUCAUCGUGGAUGACGGGAUGGGUAUCGAAGUGGGCCUCUUCUCAGGGACCGUCAAGAUCUUGCGCACGCACACUUGCACCUUGGACGCGUUCCCGAAAGACAAUCUGGAGGAUGUGUCGCAAGACGAUGACCUGGCAUACAUUGUCUUCACUUCCGGCAGCACCGGCCAGCCCAAGGGCGUCGAGAUCACGCACAGCAGCCUCUCGAACUGGAUCACGGCCGCCCACGCAGCCGGAUAUUUCCCCAUCGGCCCGUUUUCCCGCGUGCUGCAGUUCGCCACGUUUGCUUUCGACGCGGCCGUCCUCGAAUGGUCCCUGGCACUUUCCCUGGGAUCCAACCUGUGCUUUGGUAACACCCCCCAGGCCCUGAUCGGCGACUACCUCGCGGACGUCAUCGACAAGAAUCUCGUGACCCAUAUGCACCUCACUCCCAGUGUGCUUGGGACUCUGCCGGCGUCGAGAAGAUUGCAGAGCCUGGAGUGCAUCAGUGUGGGCGGAGAGAUGGUCCCCGACAACCUGAUCGAACGUUGGAGGACGAGGGUCACCCUGCAGAAUGCAUAUGGGCCGACUGAAGCCACGGUCGUCAUGGCUCACCGACCUCAGCCCAGUUCCCCAGGCGAUGCUGCGCCCUCCGCGGCGAACAUCGGCCAUCCGCAUUCGCCCACGGAGGUGUUUGUGUGCAACCCUUCGUUCGACCGACUGCUGGCUGUCAACGAGGUCGGAGAGGUCUGUCUUGCCGGCCCGCAACUGGCCCGAGGCUACCGCAACCGGGCCGAUCUUACCAGCCAAAGAUUCGCAGUCCAUCCCCAGAAUGGCAAGCGGAUGUACAAGACCGGGGACCGAGGGAAGCUGUUGGCCGAUGGGACCGUGGUCCUGAUGGGCAGAAUGGAUCGCGAGCUGAAAGUCCGAGGGUACAGGAUCGACCUGGACGACCUGGAACGAACCGUUGUGGCUGUGAUGCCGUCCAUCAUCAGCGUCUCGGUCCAGUCCUCUCCGUCGGGCACCGACCUGUGUGUCUUUGUUUCGCCCCAGACUGUCGAUGGGACCGAGCUGAAGCGGCUGCUUGGGCUCCGGGUGCCGAGCUACAUGGUGCCGCGGAAUGUGUAUUGUUUGCCGCGGCUGCCCUUGAACACGAGCGACAAGACGGACCACAAGGUGAUCAAGCUGCGCAUGGAGGAGCUGAUCAGGGACGCCAAGUUCCCAUCCGGAGCGACGACACCCAUCAGCACGAGCUCUGACGAAGACGACCUGAGCUCACUCGAGGAUUCCAGCCGCAGCUCGACCUUGGCUGAUUCGACCAUGCUCCAGGCCGACGAGUCGGUGUCGCAUCAGGACCUGACCAAUGUCUGGAUCGAACUACUCGAGCUGAAGUCAGCGCCUUCCGGGAAGAGCAGCUUCUUCGAUCUCGGUGGGAACAGCUUGCUCGCGCAGACGCUCAUCGAGAAGGUGAGGGGGCAACUCCCGUCGGGGUCGUUGUCGGUGUCUGUUCUCGACCUUUUCACCUACCCGUGCUUGGACGACUUUAUCCCGUUCGUCCAAAGUCGUGCUCCUGCCAAGGUCACAGCUCCCAGAGUGAAGGGCCCUCGGAUGUCGAGGCAGUCCUCGACCAAGUCACUUGCACCAGCCAGCCAGGUGGACACCAUUUCAAGCCUGACGAACAUCUGGAAGUCGGUCUUGCAACUGGAUCGGGUGGCCAAGGACGCGAGCUUCUUCGAUGCGGGCGGAAACAGUCUCUUGAUGACGACGCUGCACAAGUCCAUCGUCCGGUCCUGGCCCGGUUGCGGGGUGCAGCUCAUCGACUUGUUCCAGAACGCGACAAUCCAGAGCCAAGCCGAGUUGAUCGCAGUGCCGUCGCCCGUGCACAGCACCGCACCGUCUUUGAACGCGCGCAAGAAGAGGGCGAGUGCCACUGGAAAGAAGGAGCGAGUCGCUAGCAGGGAGUCCGCCGGCCCAGACGAAAGCAGAGACAUCGCCAUCGUCGGCAUUGCCGGUCGGUUCCCUGGCUCGUCCUCGCCCCAGGAGCUGUAUCAGCUCUUGCUCGACCAGACCGAGGCAUUGACGCAUCUGUGCCCGGAUUCGCCAGUCGAGGUGUUUCCCGGCGGGGUGUAUGUUCCGCAUCGAGGCGCAUUGAAGGACGUCUGGGAGUUUGAUGGUGCUCGGUGGGGCAUCAAAGCUGAGGAGGCCGAGGAGAUGGAUCCGCAACAGAAGCUGCUCAUGACCGUCGCCCAAGAGGCUCUGGAGGAUGCGAGUGCGGUUCCGCCUGCUUCCGGACCGAACAAGAUCGGCUUGUUCGUGGGAGCCGCUCCCUCGACCUGGGUUCCCAGCAAGCCAGACGAGGAUGCGUUCCACCAUGCGCACCGAGAGGCGCUGACGCCCUGUCUGUCGGCGUUGACGGCCUACCAUCUGAACCUGCAGGGCCCGAACGUGACGCUCCACACCGCCUGUUCGAGCGGAAUGGUCGCCAUGUCGUUGGCAGUCGACAAUCUCCGCUCGAAGACGUGCGAUGUCGCACUGGCGGGUGGAGUGUCGGUUGCAUUCCCGCAAGCGGGAUAUCUCACUGCGCCGACACGCCUGUUCUCGCCUUCUGGGCACUGCCGACCAUUCGACUCGCGAUCCGACGGCACGCUUCCGGGAGACGCAGUCUGUGCGCUGGUGCUCAAGCGGAUGAGCGACGCUGUCCGCGACGGGGACGAUAUCUACGCUGUGGUCAAGGGGAUGGCCGUCGGCUCAGACGGGAAGCCUGGGAAAGCAGGACCGACUGUUCCCAGCCCGAGAGGACAGGCGCAGAGCGUGAAGGGCGCGUGGAUGGAUGCGGGUGUCAGCGCAGGGAAGCUGGUCUAUGCGGAGUGGGUGUUGGAUAUCCAGGUUGCGCAUGUCAACUCCGCUAAUGUUUUGCACAGACUGCACGGCAGUGGAACACCGAUCGGCGACGCACUGGAGCUCGAGGGCUUGAAGAUGGCCCGACGAGAACUCGGGGUCGAGAAGACGCCGUACAUUGUGGGAUCGAACAAGGGGAAUCUGGGCAACUGCGAGGCUGCAUCUGGAUUGGUCUCUGUGAUCAAGCUCGUCAAGUCCAUCCAACAUGGCGUGGUUCCCCCGCUGCAGUCCUUCGAGCAGCCGAACCCGGUCAUCGACCCGACGCUGAAGAUCUCGUUUGCCAAGAAUCCCGUGCGGUUGUCUCCCGACGCCCUGCUCAGUGCAUCGAGCACGGGUCUCGGCGGCGUCAACGCCCAUUGCGUGCUGGCAUUCCCCCCCGCCCAGCACAAAAGAAAGGCGUCGGUCGAGGCGACGUCCAUCAAAGGUCCAGUCGACGUGUCGAUCGAGGUGCCCAGUCCGAAAGCGAGUGUGCCAGAUGCCACGUCGGCUGGUCAUCUCGUGCUCCGUCACGUUCGAUCUAUCCUCGGCACGAACGAGAUCAGCUCCACGACAGUAUUGAGGGAUGCCGGGCUGGACAGUCGAGGCCAGAUGGCGCUCCUGCAUCAGCUGCAGCAAGCAGGGUGCCAUAUCCCUCUCUCGGCGUUCAUCGACCCAUCGUGCACGGUCGAGUCCAUUGUGGCGUCGAUCAGUGCAUCGCUUGCCUCCUACAUCUCGUUCCUGCAACAAGCUCCGACGGGAACGACGUACGUUCUCAUCGCGCCAGGAGGCGGCAGCUGCCUGUCGUAUGCUGCGCUGGCGCGUCAUUUGCCGGCAGAUUCAACGAUCAUGGCGCUCGAUCACCCUGCGCUCCACGGGAUCGAAGCUGACUGUGGGAUCGACGACCUCGCCAGGAGAUACGUGAAGGACAUGCCGCCCACUUGUCGCGAUGUCGUGCUCGUGGGUGCCUCGUUCGGUGGUCUGGUCGCGACGGCGAUGCUGGGCCCGAUGCAAGAAGCCGGAAUCCAAGUGCGGGCGGUGGCCCUCAUCGACAGUCCGUUCCCAGGAUCCACCUCCGCAGACGUCUUGCUGACUGCGGAUGCGUUCGUUCGCAACGUGUACUCUGCGGAGUCGAGGCCUGCGCUGUCUGCCGAGGAGGCGACCCUCGAUCUUGCGGCGUUCGCCGCUCGGCAUGGCAGCGAUAUCCGUGCGCUGGCCGGGACGUACGAGAAGAACGUGAAGGCGAUGGCCGACUGGCUACCGUCUGGACCCCAUACCACCUCUGCGCUAUAUGUCGCUGCGGCAACUGACGAGGUCGACGAGCGCUGGAAGGCGGCAUAUUCAGGGAUGUCCGUCGAGCGAGUCGAGGGGGAGCAUGCCGGUGCGUGGAUUGGAGACAACGCCUCCAAGCUCGCUGGGUGGAUCGGAGGGUUGCUCGCCGCUCAGUCGGCCUCAUAAAAUGUAUUAUUUCUUCUAGGGUUAUCUCCAGCAUAGAAUGUUCUCGUGACACAAUGUAUAUCAACUGUUCUUCUCUCAUCUUGCGAACGCGGUCUGUUUCUGUUGCGUCCACCGCCGACGUCGCCGUUC